AGGAAAAAUAAAAAAUAUUGAACCAGGAUUUGAAGAACAUAUGGAUUAUGAAAUAGACGAAAUAACAAACGGCUUAGAGUCUGAUUAUAGUGAAGAAAGAAAUGAUAGAAUUAAUGAAGCAGAUGAUAGAGAAAUAGAUGAUGAAGCAGAUGAUAGAGAAAUAGAUGAUAAAGCAUAUGAUAGAAAUAAUGAAAUAGAUAAUGAAAUGGACGAUGAAGCAGAAUUUGAAGAUGAUGAAGUAGAAUUUGAAGAUAAAAUAGAUGAAAUAGAUGAAAUAGAUAAGAUAUAUAUU